AUGGCCACCAGCAACAACACCAAGCUAGCCGUGCAAGAGCUCAGCCACCGCACCAUCGUGCCGGAGACUGGGAAACCCUGCCCCGCGUGUGUCGCCGGCUACGACGCCAUGUCGACAUCGCCGCAGCAUGGCCAGUGGCUACGCGCGGCGGUCCUUGGCGCGAGCGACGGCCUGGUCUCCACCGCGGCGCUCAUGCUUGGCAUCGGCGCGGCGCGGCCUGCUGACCCGCGGGCAGCCCUACUAUCGGGCGUGGCAGGCCUCGUCGCCGGCGCGUGCAGCAUGGCCAUCGGCGAGUAUGUGUCGGUCCACGCGCAGCUCGACGUGGAGCUGGCCGGGCUCAAGCAGGUCGAGGAGGCCCGCGGGUCAUCCAUGGACCGGGCUGGACUGCCAAGCCCAAGCCAGGCGGCGGCGGCCUCCGCAAUGUCGUUUGCAGUUGGGGCUGCCAUCCCGCUGCUCGUGGCAUGGUUUGUGGCGAGCUACAAGGUGCGGGUGGUGGUGGUAGUGGUGACCGCGACUCUGACGCUGGCAGUGUUUGGCACCCUCGGGGCGGUGAAGGGCCAGGCUCCAGGAGGGCGGGCUGGACUGAGGGCCGCGAUGGGAGGAUUGGUGGCCAUGGGGAUCACUUACGGUCUCAUGAAGCUGUUCCGGACCCAUUCAGUAUGA